CUCACUCUACUCGUAUGGCCUCCUUCCACUAGCCAUCAGAAGUUCAUUCUAUGUCGAUGAUAUAACCUUAAUGCGCUUAUGCAGAAGUCUGUGUUUCGGCCUUUCAUACAACUAGUGGAAUGUAACCUAUGAAGUUUAGCGCUUCUUAAUAUUUACUUUAAGUGAGAGUUAUGUGAAAGAACUCUCAAAUUAUAUUAAGUUCAGUAUUAAUAAACUGUGUUGUUUUUAUCACGGAAAAUAAUAUUAGUUGAAAAAUGAAAGAAGCUAAUAAGCAGACAGACUUAUCGAGUUCAGAAGAUGAAAUAUCUCCAAGUAUCCUGCAAGAAGCGAUCGAUCAACAAUUUUUAAAUGACAAUCUUUAUAGCGCAAGAAAAGGCCAAUUUGUUCCUGAUUCUAAUUUGGAAACCAACAAAUCAAAUGAAAAGUCUUUUGGAAUAAACUCGAAGGACAAAUUUACAAAUUUUGGAGUUACUGACACAUUCCAAAAUUUUAUUGCUAAGAAGUUAGAUGAAAUUUUGGAGAAGACUAUUAAAUUAAAGAAAAGUAAGACUACUGAAUGUUCCAUAGAACAGAAACGAAAAAGAAACAAAAAUUCUGGUAUAAAACUCCUAAGUACAUCAAAAAAAUUUAUAACUACUAAAAAAAUUACAAAAUUAUACACAAAGAACAAAGAGAAACUCAGAUAUUCACAAACUAUGGAGGAUAGUAAAGCUUUAUCAAAAUUUCAAGAAGCUGCCAUUGAUCCAGAAUGCAUAUUGAGCAAAUCAGAUAUGAUAGUUUGGACCAAUGAAUAUUCACAACCAGAAUUUAAAUAUAAGAAAUUAAAAGAUGGCAUUUUAAUUGAGACGUAGUAAUUAAGACGUAUUAAGUUUUUUAUCUGCGAUUAGAUUAUGUGUA